AGUAUUUUUUUUUCAAAUUUUUAUUUUAUUUAAUUUAGCCUGCGGUAAAGGGAAGUAAACAAGUCGAUCUUUUCACGCAUGAUCCGGAUCAUGGUUAUAAUUUCUGUAAACAUGGCGUUAGUAGAAAAUAAGAGUUUGAAAUACAGUGUUCAAUCAUAUUUUUUAUCUGUAAAAUGAUUUGUUAACUAUUUUUCAUAUUUUGUUCUUUUGUAAAGUGAAUUUUUAUCUUCACAUUUACUUAGUUUCUUUGAAUCAUGGAUGACACAACUAAAGUAUCAUACACAGCAUUGAAAGAUGGAGACUGUUCCAUUUUUGAUGAUCCACUGACAAAAAGUAAGGCUCUGGAAGUGAAAGUAAGGCAGCUGUUAAAGGAAUUAGAAGAAACUAAAUCACUUCUGGCUGUUGUGGAGUGUCAAAAAGAUAACGAAAUUGAAAAUGAAAAGCAGAAAUGUAAGGAAGAGAUAGCAUCUCUCCAGGAGAUUCUGACAGAAAGAAGUCUGAUUUGCUUCUUAAUAGAAGCUGUUGGUGAUGCUGCUACAGGUUCAUCUAACUGCUAUGAGACUGAAAUUGCCAGACUUCAGCAAAUCAAUGAGAAGUUAGAUGCAGAGUUAAAUGAAAUGAAGGCAAGGGAAAGGGAAGGAGUUCUCACAUCAGUGGCCAAAUCUCUGAAACAACGGGUUGGCAGUAUUAGUCCACACACAUUUAGUACAUGGAAUGAUAAUAGUGAAAACUUGGAGGACAGCAUGAAGAAGGCCCAAGAAGAUUCUGAAAUACUGAAAUCACUUGUUGUUCCACUGGAAGAGGAAAUCUCCAUUCUAAAGGAAAAAUUACGUUAUACGAGUGACCAGCUCAAGAUUUAUGAGACAGCGUUCUCAAGUUUGGUGAAUGGAUUGGGCUCCGAAUCUCUUGUUGAUGUAAUGAAGGAUCAGAAUCCAGUAGAUGUCUUGGGGCAACUAGAUGAGAAGCUGACCAGCCUGAACAAAGGGCUCCAGGCAGAGAAAUCUUCACGAAGUGACCUAGAGAUGUAUGUGGCGGUGUUGAACACGCAAAAAGAAGUCAUGCAGGAAGACAUGGAUCAUGUCAGAAAAGAAUUGCAGGAAGUAUGUCAGUUGCUAGAGCAAGAGAAGAAAGAACAUGCUGCACUAAAGAGGACAUGGCAAAUGGCUAAUGAUCAAUUUCUGGAAGCCCAAAGAUUGCAAAUCUCGGACAUGAGACGAAUGCAGAGUGUACUGACAGCAGAGCAGCUUCGCCAGGUGACAGAACUGCAACGGAAGGAUGAAGAGCGGAUGGAGCAAGAAAAAAAAAUAGCCAGACUUCAGCAGAUGAAUGUGGAUCCUGACAAGAGCAGUGAAGAGCAUCUUCACCAGUCUUCUAGAUCUUCUCCGUCCCCAUCAGCUACACCAAGAAAGUCUUCUCCUCUGGUAGGACACAGAAGACUGAAAUUAGCAGGUACCAGGUCAGUCGACCAAGUAGACUCCACGACUUUUUGUUCUGAUAGGACAAGAAGUGCUCCUGAAGACUUAAGUCUCACUGGACUGUGUGGGUACCAAGACAAACAUCUUUUGAAUAGGAAGACAAAAACAGCUUGUGAUACUGAGACUUCUAGUUUGAGACGAGCCAUCUCUAGCUCUUUCCUUCAGGAGUGUAAGCAGGAGAAGAAACGAGGCUCAGCAGAGACUGUCUCCCUUCUUGGGUUCGAGGAAAUCUCAGAUAAUUCUUUAAAUGCACAGAAGCUUCCCAGCCUUACCAAAGAUCAGUUGAAAGCUUUGUCAGAUUUAACACCAGAAAUGGAAGCUCGAAAAUUAUUGUUAGACAAUGCACGAGCAGAACAAGAGACUUUUUCUUUAGUUGGGAAGAGAUUGGUUAGUGAAAAGGAAUGGCUUUUGUUGGAAGAAGAGGUGAAACGAGCGAGGGAGAAAAUGGGACGUUCGUGUGAGAUGUGCAGCAACUAUGAACUUCAGCUCCAACAAAUUCAGGAGGCUGAUCAGAAGCACCGGCAGCAGUUGGCAGAUCUUCAACAGACAAUAGAUAACUUAAAAGAGGACCUCCUGCGGGAGCAGGCCUUCCGCUUAGACUUGGAGCAGAAGUUUAAUCUAGCUGCAGAAGAUGUUAUGAAACAGGUCAGUGAACUGUUCAAAACAUUUGAAGACAAAGAAAAGUACAUCUCUGAGCUGAGGUCUGAAUACACAUCAUGCUAUAAUGAUGUGUAUGACAAAUUGAAACAGCUUGUUACUGAAAGAGAAGAAAUGAGGACCAGGCUAUCCAAAUUAUAUGAAGAGAACAGUUCACUACUUGGAAAACAUAUUGCUCGUGCUCAGCAGCUACAGAAUGAAGAAAUAAACCUUCCUAACACUGUUGAGGAGAUGCAGUUCCUGUAUUUGAAGUUGCAGGAAGACCUUAUAACAGCUCUCAUAGCAAAAGAAAAAAUAGAGGAAGGGUUGAAGAGUGAAAUUCUCUUUCUCAGAGAUGAGAUCAUGGCAGAACAGAAUGCUAAAGAGACAAUGGAAGACACACUAACUCAAGAAAAUGACACUCUGCGAGAACAAUUAACUGAUUUGCAGAGAAUAAAUUCAGAACUAGAACUGGAAAAAACAAAAAGAAGAGAAUUUGAACAGAAACUAAAAGAACUUGAAUCUAAGUUUCUAGAGUCUCAUGAAGAACAAGAGAAAAAAGUAACAGAGACUCGGAUGAGUUUGGCUGAAGUUUCAGUACUUAAAACACAACUGGAAGAAGAAGUUCGUCACUUGAAGUCCAAAAUACAGAGCCUUCAGACAGAUCUGGACAAUAGUGAGGCAGUUCAAAGGGAUUUUGUAAAGCUUUCUCAGUCAUUACAGAUGGAAUUAGAGAAAAUUAGACAGUCUGAUAAUGAAGUCAGAUGGCAGCAUGAUGAUGAUGUUUCUUUUUGUAAUCUGUGUAAAAAAGUUUUUCAUUAUCGCAAAGAAAAGAACCACUGUAACCAUUGUGGAAAAAUAUUUUGUGUUGACUGCACCUCCAAAAUAGUGUACAGUGGCCCAAAGAAGCGACCAUUUAAGGUAUGCUCUGUAUGUCACACCUUGUUGGAUCAUAAUACUGCCCCAUAUUUCAGUAAUGAACCUCCCCACACUCCAUAUUGACAGCUUUUUCAUUAUUGUAGUAAUGUCCCUCAGCAUAUUCCACAUUUACUCUUUCUUUAUUUCGGUAAUGAACCUCCCCACACUCCAUAUUGACAGCUUUUUCAUUAUUGUAGUAAUGUCCCUCAGCAUAUUCCACAUUUACUCUUUCUUUAUUUCAGUAAUGACCUUCAACAUUUUUCAAAUUCAGUGUUCCUCCAUUUUAUUAAAGAAACUGAAUAACCUCCUAAUUAACAUCAGCUUUUUCAUAUAAUAAUGAAAUUAAAAAUGCUCGAAACACACCAAACUGACUGCUUUUUCUGUGUUGUAAUAAUGACCAUCAGUGUAUUCUAGAUUACAUUUUCAUUUAUUUCACUACUGAGACUCAACACACCCCAGGUUAUUACAAUUUGUUAGUCCCAUAAUGAGCUUCAGCAAGUCCAAGGUAAUAAAGUUAUUUUAUUUUAAUAAUGAAGUAAAGUAAAUGUGAAACAGAAAGCUAGACACUUGUUUCAUUAAAGAGUAUUUAAAUUAUACAGUACACUAUGCAAGAUGUGUUUCUGUGGGUGAUUUCUUUUAGAACUAUUUAUAUAAUAGUCAGAAUCAUAUUUCUGUAAACAAGUUUUACAUGUACCUAAAAAACAGUAGUUAUUUGUUAAAAUUAACUGUUCUUACCACUCUGUUCUUUGGUUUGGUGUUACCAUGUAAGAAGCAAUUACAUCGCUAACUUUUUUAAGCCAAAAUAUUAAGAAAAUUGAAAAAUACAAAUUAUUGUUAUACAUAUGUUUUAACUUUCAAAAAAAUAUUUCAUCAAAGAUAAAAAUAUUUUAAGUUGAGAAUAAAUCAUAAUAAUUCUCAUACUUUAUUUUAAAGUGACGAUAAGAAUGAAAGACAUCAAAAUGGACUUAUUUUAGAAGGAAAAAAAUUUAUAAUGAUUUAUUUCCAAGUAUACAGAAUUUAAAUGCACAGCAAUACAUUCACUGUUUUGAUUCAAAUGCUGUUAAAUCACUUAUAAAUUCUUGUUAAAAAUGUUUUUACAAAAAAAUUGCAAAGUUAAAGUUAAACUCUUUAAAAUGUUUUUACAAAAAAAUUGCAAAGUUAAAGUUAAACUCUUAAAAAUGUUAAAGUGCAAGUUAAGCUAUUUGCUUGCAGUUUUAUUGCUUAUCAAAUUAUGAAUUUAAAAUGUAUCAGUAUUGUUGAAUGGAUUUUUUUCUUAUUGUACAAUGCCUAACUAGUAGCAGACACAUGUAAGAGUGUAAAAUGAUUACCAAGCAUAAUGUUUCUUUCAAUAAGAUAGAGUGGACCUAAGUUACAAACUGAAACACACAUAGCUAGCUCAAACAGAGAUUAUUUACCAAAUUAUGGUCUUCCCACUAAUAAAAGGCUUAAACUUAUCUCCAAGUUUCUGUUUUUCAUCAUUGUCAAGGUAGAUGUGUAUGUUAUUACAGCUCUACUGAGUAAUGAAUUUUUUCACUGAGCUGUAAUGAUAUAUAUCACCUAACUCUUAAAAUAAGGAAGAACAUAAAAGUUGGCAAUAAAUGUAAGUUUUUUAGCAGUGAAGAGUAUAUAUUGGUUAAUAAAUGACAAGUCUUUUUUUUAAUAUAUACUCUGUAAAAAACAAGAUAAUUAUCAAACAUUUACACCCAACAUAUUUGCUUUUUAUAUCAAAAUAACUUAAGAAACUACUCUUUAAUAUACAGAAGUGUUAACAGUGGUUUUUAAUAUAACCAAAAGUUGACAUUCAUUGAUGAUGUUAUCACUUAUUGACAAUAGACUUGCUCUAUAGAUUCUCCAGGUGCAUCUGAUGUGCUUGAGUCCAAUUUUUGUGUACAAAACCUUGGGGGGGGGGGCUAGAAGUGUCAUAUUUUGGAACAAGUCAAGAGAUUAUCUCUCCAAAUUUCCUUUUUAGGCCAUAUCGUAUUUUACUUUUAUGUUGUUUUUUUUUGAGUAACUCAAACUGCUUUGUUGUUUUGUGCAAAAAUUAUAUAUAUGUUUGUAAAGAAAAAAUAAUUUGAGCAUAUGGAGAGUGCUUUUAUAUUUUGAUCAUAUCCGAUUUUUAUUGAAAUAUUUUGUUCAUUUACGAGUUAUGUAGCACUCAUGUGGCAUUCAAAUAUAUAUAU